AUGUCCUAUAGCUAUGGGUCAAGCUCCGGCAUGGGCACAGGCUUCGCCGUCGGCCCGGGCUAUAGCUAUGCUGCCCUGACGUCCUCCAUGGACCCCGGCGAAGCCCUCGAUGCACCCGCUUCAGCCCGUCGCUCGUCGCACGGCGGCUCGGCGGCUGCCUGUCAUGGCGCCCGCUCCGACAAGCGCAAGACGCCCUCGCCCCGACAUCGCGCAGAGGCCGGCGGUCCGUCCUUCAUCUACAAGAGUCUGGGAGCUGGCCUGACGCUCCCCCGCACAGCCAUCACCAAGACGUCGCUACGGGCCAAGAACAGCGCCAUGGAGACGCCCGCCAAGAAGGCUCACUCGGACCGCCACGUCCCAAACACCGGCUCAAAAGUGGCCAAGCAGCACUCAGCUACCAAGGAGCAGUGCAAGCCCAAACGAAGCCGGCAGGAAAAGAAAUCGCACCGGAUACGAAGCACGCCCAAGCAAAGCCGGGACGACGAAGCGGAGGCGUCCCGUCGGCGCAGUUUGAGCAGCCCCCGAGCCAAGAGCGCUGCUCGGCUGCGGCCGGCAGCAGCGGGCUUGAGACAUGCCGUCUCGCGCAGGAGCAAGAAAAAGAACAAGACGGUGUUUGCGUGGGGAUGCUUCGGAGCGUGA